AUGGCCGACGACUGGUACCCCGACAUCGUCGUCGGCGUGGAUUUCGGCAUGACCUGCACAGGCGUCGCCUACUCCUACGGUCCCACCUGGCCGACCCCCAAAUCGAUCCAACACUGGCCCGGCCUCAUCGGCAGCCAAGUUGCGACCAAAGUCCCCUCCCACAUCCUCUACCACAACAACGCCGUGAAAUGGGGUUUCCAAUGCGAAGAGAAUCUCCCCGACACAAAGGACAUUAAACAAUACUUCAAGCUGAACCUCGACCCGGCGUUUGUGGAUAACAGGCCCAAUGCGCCGAGUCGCGAGGACGCGACGCGCUAUUUCCAGGACUAUAUUCGCUGCGUGUAUCAGUAUGUCUUGAGUUAUUUUGCGAAGACGUUUCCACGGUUCGAGGGGAUGCGUGUCGAGUGGGUGUUUAGUGUGCCGACGACGUGGAAGGAUCCGAGGAUGGUCGCCGAGCUCAGGGAGAGGAUUGUUUUUGAUCGACCGGAACAUCGCGCUGUUAUUGGGUUGACCGAGGCGGAAGCUGCGGCGGUUUAUGUUUCGGGGUUGCAUUAUCAGAAAAACGACGUGAUCCUCGUCUGCGACGCCGGCGGCGGCACGACCGACGUGAACGUGCUGAAACUCGCCUCUGCGCCCGGCGAACCAACUGUCUACAACCCUCUGGGUUUCGUCGAAGGUAAACCCGUCGGCUCCGUCUUCAUCGACCUGGGCGUCCACGCGCUCGUCUGCUCAAAGCUCGAGCCCAUCCUCCACUCGCUCCCGGGAACAGCCGAAGACAUCGCCUGGCAGAUUAUGAUCGGGCGCUUCGAGCGAUUCAAGUGCUCCUUUGGUGUCGAGGGCGAGCAGUUGCCUGCGCUGAAGCUGCCGCUUCCUGCUCCGCUGGCGGAGAUGAAUCUUCCCGAACAUGGGAUUCAUAAUGGCCAGCUUUUUGUUUCGAGCGAUGAAGUCCGGGGGAUCUUUGAUGCGAAGAUCGAUGACUUGUAUGAUUUGCUGGAUGAGCAGGUUCGGCGGUUGCAGUUGAGUCAUCCUCAAGAGAAAAUUUCCUUCCUCGUCCUAUCCGGUGGCUUCGGCAGCUGCCCCUACGUCCGACAAUGCCUUACGAAUCGCUACGAGACACGCUCGCAGCUUCUUCCCAACGGAAUCAAGGUACUAACCGUCGAUGAGCCCCAGCUCGCAGUCGUCCAAGGCCAAGUGAUGAACCGCACACAACAACUAACGUCCGGCGGCACAGUCUUCAACCACCUCUACAGCCCCGUCAGCUACGGCGUGAUCUGCGACUGGAUAUACGACCCCAGAAAGCACGCCGGCGAGCCGACGCGCUGGGACGAGCGGAAUCAGAAGACGUAUGCGAUCAAUCAGAUUGAUUGGCUUGUUCUACAGGGCGACCUCGUCCCCCGCACCGGCGUAGCCCGCUCCUUCCCCCGAAAAAUCUACCCAAAAGACCUCACCAAACCAUUCACCGCGCAAAUCGUCAUGUCGCAACUCCCCACACACCAACUGCCCCGAAGCAUGAUCCACCCGGGUGCAAAGCUCAUCUGCGAACUCGAAGUCGACACCGCCACCGUCGACAAGAAACCCAAGAACCACCGCUGGUACAACCGCGCCCCCGUGUACUUUAUGGUCACGGUAAUCGUGAAACUGGUCAUCGAGCCCGCGGGAUUGCAGUUUGAGUUGUGGAAUGCGGCCGGGCAGCGCAUUACGAGUCUUUCCAGGGUGAAUGGGCAGCCGAGUGGCGUGAAUGUUGGUGCGGAUGGGUACUUUUCGCCACGGCAUUCGGUUAUCAGUAGCUCGGGGGUGUCGUCGCUCGGUAGCCCUGGUGGGUAUGGGAGUUCUGGGAGUCCGACGAGCGGAAGUGGGAGCAGCGCAACGGGACCCAUUACGAUUCGGUGGGAGGCGCUUGCGGAGAAGAUGCAGGAUGAGGGCCAUUCGCAGCGCAUGGCGAGCGCGUUCGAGCCACGGGGGGAUCGGGUUAUUUCUGAAAUGCUGGAUCCGAGUACCGUGCCGUUUGAAUUGCCUGGAGAUAACGUGCAACCGCAUGUUGGCGGAACGGGCACUGGGACAGGGAUAAGUCGCGGCGGGAGCACGAGGAAGUUUGCGUCGCUGAGGAAUUAG